AUGCAGGGGCCGGAGAGGCAGCGGGGUAUCAGUCAGGAGAGGAGGGCAGAGAGGCAGCAGGGCAGGGGCAGGGAGGGGAGGGGAGGCAGGGAGCAGGGCAGAGCAGAGAGUAGCCAGAGGACAGAGGAGGGGGCAGCAAGGGGCAGGGUGCAAGGGGGCAGGCGGGGGGCAGACAGGAAGGCAGGGCAGGGGGGGGAGCAUGGGGCAGAAGGGGGGACGAGUGAGGCAGCAAAGGCAGAGGGGCAGGGGGGGGGAGGGGGUCAGGGGAGGGGAGAAGCAGGGAGGAUGGCCAGGGAGAGAGCAGAUGGGAAGGGCAGGACAGGGGGGCAGGGACAGCAGGGGAGUGCAGCAAUGGGGAGGCAGAGCCAGGAGGCAUGGGGACAGGGAGGGCAGGCAAGGGAGGGAGGAAGCAGCAGGGAGCAGAGCAGCAGGCAAGACACAGAGGAGUCAGGGCAGGGAGCAGAGCAGCAGGGACAAGGCAGAGGGAGAGGAGGGGCAAGAUCAAGGAGAGCAAGGAGACAGGGUCACAGAGCAAGGGUGGGAGUAGACAGAGGGGGAGAGCAGGAAUCAGGAAGCAGCAGGAAGCAGCAGGGCAGAGCAGAGGGAGAGGCAGCAGAAGGGAGACAGAAGGCAGGGACAGAGAGCAGGGGAGCAGAGAGGAGUAGAGCAAGGCAGAGACAGAGAGGAGAGAGCAGACAGAGCCAGGACAGGAGGGGGGAAGAGGAAGAGCAGGGGGGGGAGGCAGGAGGGUCAGGAGGCAGAGGCAGGAGGGGGCAGCAGAGGAGCAAGGGGAGGGCAGAGAGCAGCAGGAGCAGCAGGAGGCAGGGGGGAGCAGGGCAGGGGGCAGGGGGGGGGAGCAAAGAGCAAAAGCAGCACACACAGCAGGGGCAGGCAAGGCAGGAGACAGGGACAAGGUGGUCAGCAGAGGCAGCAGCAGGCAUCAGGGAAGCAGGCAAAGGGAGGGGGCAUGGAGUACAGAGAAUCAGAGAGGCAGAGGCAGGGAAGGCAGGCAAGCAGGUCAGGGCCACAGUGCAGAGCAGAGGGAUGCAGCAGGCAGCAAUCAGAGCAGGCGAGACAGGAUUUCAGGAGAGGCAAGGGGGAGAAGCAGGAGGGAGAUCAGGAGGUAGCAGGUCAGGAAAAGCAGGGAGUCAGGAGGAGAGCAGGAAAGAGGCAAGGGGCAGGAAGGGGAGCAGGCCAGCAGCCAGAGCAGGAGGGGCAAG